AUGCUGGUGACCCAUUUGGAAGCCAGCCGGGACCUUUGCGAGACGGAUUCAAUUCUUUUUGGCGCCGCGCUGGCAGUGUGCCGUAUUAUAGGCGCCAAGGUUUCCACGGCUGGACGCGCUACUGGCCAUAGUAGCGCUAUCCCAGCAUUGAGAAGAAGAAUUGAAGAACGUAUCGCAAAGGCUAGAGCUCUCAUCGGCAGACUGAUAUGCUUCAGAUCAGGCAACAACAGGCCAAGAAUUGUGCGCACCAUCAGCAUGGCGUUUGCUGGGACAAAUGUCAGUUUGUCCCAGCCGGAUAUAACGCAAAAACUGACGGAGGGCAUAGAUGAUCUGAAGCAGAGAAUCGCUGCUUGGGGAAAGCGGAUUCGGCGAUAUACCGAGAGGUCGACACGGUUCAACCAGAAUUGUCUCUUCCAGAGUGAUCAGAAGAGGCUCUAUGAAUCAUUGGAGCGACCAAUGGUAAGUGGAACGGGUCCAGCACCGAAUCAGGUCGACACUCUAGCAUUCUGGCGCGGCCUGUGGUCAGAGCCCGUAAACCACAGCGAGGGCCAUUGGAGGGAAGUUGUGGCGAGUCAGUGUGCGGGUAUUAAGCCCAUGGACCCCGUCAUCAUAACGCCGGAUGACGUAGCUGAGGCGGUCUGUAGGGCCCCGAACUGGAAAAGUCCGGGGCUCGACGGGCUGCAUCAUUACUGGCUGAAGGGGUUCAUAGUGUGUCACGCUGUGCUCGCCCGAUAG